GUUGUUGUCAGUGAUCAUGGAAUGACAGAGAGAGGAAAUCAUGGAGGAUCCUCAUUCGAGGAAACAGAUUCUCUUGCUCUUUUUGCUGAUCUUUGGUCUGAAAGUCUUGUAUAUGCGUCCAACAUGCAUAACGAAGUUUUUCAAGUGGAUGUUGCGCCGACUUUGGCCCUUCUAUUUGGUGUUCCAAUUCCAAAGAACAAUGUUGGAGUAUUGCUCAUAGAAGCUUUUAAUUCUUUUACAGACGAGCAUAAAUUGCGGGCCUUAGAACUGAAUUCCUGGCAAUUGCUACGAUUGCUGCAAGUGCAUUUGCCUCAUUUACUUUGCCGAGAUCUGAGAGAAGGUGCUAGUGGUGGCCAAGUUGUGCAAUCUAAUGAAUACUUUGAUAAUAUCGAAGAGAAGUUGCAUCAUUUGUACUCAAAAGCUAUGGCUGCUCAUACUCUUUGGAAACUUAGUGAGCGUGACUCCAGUGGGAGAUCAGAGAAUAGCACCAACUCGUAUAAUGCUGUUGCAUCAUAUUAUGAUUUUUUAAGAUAUGGGAGCGAGUGGUUGUCACAUAGAGCAACUGAUAAACCUAUCAAGUUGAUUUUGUCUGGCGUUGUCCUUUUGCUGUUGUCAUCUGUUUUAUUGUUUUACCUUCUGUUACUCCAAUUCAAAGACCAUGGUACCGAAAGAAAAUUUGGUUCAGCCUUGAAAAACUGUAGCUGCGUCUGGCAUUUGGAUGAGACUUUCGUUUCCGUUGGAACAUUUCUUCAUAUUUUCAGUCUUGGUGCAAGCUCCAUGGUGGAGGAAGAGCAAUACACAUGGCACUUCUUGUCAUCUACUAUGUGUUUGAUCCUUUUCUACAUGACCAUGCUAUCUUUUCUCAAGGAGCAACAGACGGUUUCAGUUGAAAUGAAGAAAGACGGAAAGCUUGAUUUGCAUCAGUCGCAGAUAACUCAUACUAGUGUUGCCAAAUAUACCGCCCGUGUGAUUUUGAUGAAACCAUUGCACACUUAUUUCCGGAUAUAUUCUUUACUGAUUGUUCUGAUCUGUGGAAGGAUUCUGCGGGGUUGGCACCAAGGAGGUGUAAACUGGGCGCAUCUUCCUGAUAUAUCAAAGUGGCUUGAGCAAACCAGUUCUUCCUGCAUGAAGGCCUUUGAGAUAACAUCUUUACUCUUGGUCAUGAUGCUAAGCUUGUUUGCCCUUAGUUUACUAAAAUCAAGGACUAGAUAUGUUCUUAUAGCUUCUUUUGGCAUUGUAGUGUUGGGAUUUCUAGUUCUACUGCAUAUCAUUGAGAAUCAGCCAGUAAAUCGUUCCACUUCAAUUGCUCAGAUAUUUUAUUUCAAUUUUGGUAUUUUAGUGUUUGGAACAUUCAUACUUUCACCUUGGAUAUUACCUCUUAAUUUUCAAGAACACUCAGAUUCUCAUUCCAGUGCUGUGAAAACUGAUGGUGUUUUAAUGGGAAUACAAGACUCACUUUACGUGGUUGGAGUAAUCUAUGCCUCAUCCUGGUGUAUUUUACAGCUUCUUCUGCAACAGCCAGUUAAUGCUAUCCCUAUGUUGCUGAUUUUUGUGCAAACAAUGGCCUGCAUAAUUUAUUUUUCAGCUAGCGGACAUCACCGGCAAUUGGUUGAGGUUGCUGCCGUGUACUUCUUAGGAAUGGCCGGCCAUUUUUAUCUGGGAAAUAGCAAUACUUUAGCUACUAUCGAUGUUGCUGGAGCUUUCAUAGGCAUCUCAAGCUACUCAAUAAUAUUUCCAAGCGUACUGAUGUUCAUUAUAACCUUUUCAUCUCCAAUUUUAUCGUAUCUAAGCAUGUUGGUGUGCAUUUCUACAAAGGACAUUGUUUCUCUUUCCCUGCAUGAGAGACCCGACCUAAGCCAGCUACUCAACCUAAUGAUUGCUUUUCCUUGUUUGCUUCCCUUGGUCCUUAACUCUGCUGUUUUGACGACAUUCACCCUUAUAUUGUUGGUUAUGAGAAACCAUUUGUUUGUUUGGAGCGUAUUCUCUCCCAAGUAUCUCUAUGUUUGUGCUGGAACAGUUAGUGUUUACAUUGGGUUAUAUGUGGUUACAGUCACAGUGGUCUAUACCUGCACUGUAUUCUUUUUCAGGGCAAAGCUGCUUAAAUUUGGAAAUUCGUAGCAUCCAAACAGUUGCAGCACUACAGCAAUUUUGAAUACAUAAUGUUUUUUCACUUAUUAUAGCAUUGCAUGCCUUUUUUUAUAUACAUUGGAUGGACUGGAGGAAAAUCAAGCAGCUAUUUAAUCCUAGUCAGUACAAAGUUUUCUAUUUUCUCAUUUAAAUUGCAAAUUGGAUUUAAUAAUGUUGAAUUGUAAUCUAUGCUGUGCCAAUAAUAUCAAAAGAUGUAGGUAUCAUAGAUCCCAAUUUUAUUAUCA